AUGGCUCCUCCCGGUCCCACGUUCGAUCUGUACAAGGAGCUUGAGCUCACCGCUGGUGCUACUGCUGCCGAUAUCACUGCCUCGUACAGACGUCUGGCUUUGCUCCACCAUCCCGACAAGAAUGAGAACAGUGUUGAGGCUACAGCCAAGUUCCAACGCUUGAACACCGCUCACGAAAUUUUGAAGGACACUGCCCAGCGUGGUGAGUAUGACAGGCGUUCUUCCGGCUCCAACUUCGGCUUCUCCGAUGCUGCAGAUUUCUUCAACAGCGAAGACGGAUAUGACUCUGCCGAUGAGUUCGAUCCGGACCUCCGAGAUCCUUUCGAUAUCUUCUGGAGUCACUUUGACCAUCGUUACGGCACACCCGAACCCCAAGAAUCAGACACUGAGGAGGAGAAGCAAAAAGCUCGUGACCCGGCUCGUGAUCAGGCUCGUGACCAGGCUCAGGAGAAGGCUCGUGAGGCGGGAGGUGCUAGGGAGAAGCAACGCCAGCAAGACGCUGAGAUGGCGACCGACAAGGAGAAAGCUAGACGCAAGGAGAACGCCGACAAAUCCAAGGGAUGGGACGAGAAGAAGUACAAGGAACCUCGACAACGUCAAGAGCAGGUUUGGCGCCUUCGUGGCGACACUACUCCCGCUGCCAAGCAAAAGUCCUGCCCCCACAUCGACUUCUGGCCCAAGGAAGAAGGCAACAAGAAGGGUGAGAAGGUCAAGUGCGGCUCUUGCACCAAGAAACGCGGCACUAGUUUCAAGUGUCCUCUCUGCGACCUCGUUGCUUGCCAAGUCUGCGUGAGCGAUUUCUCGAAGGAGCGCGAGAAGGCUGCCAAGUUUUGA